CGGGACUUCCGGGCUGGGGAUAUAAGUCAGCGCGGAGCAGACAGCGCGCUGAGUGCAGCCCUGACCGGCGGCGGCAGCUCAGCUCAGCCGAGCAGAUUGCGGCGGAGAAGGGCGGGCUUGUUCAGAGAACGUCUGCAGCACCAUGGAGACCGGGUUCACAUAUGAAGAUUAUCAGACCACCGCACAGUGGCUUCUGUCCCACACCAAGCACCGCCCUCAAGUGGCGGUGAUCUGCGGUUCUGGGUUAGGAGGUCUGACUAAUCAGUUAACUCAGGCCCAGGGCUUUGACUACAGUGAGAUACCAAACUUUCCCCGGAGUACAGUGCCAGGUCAUGCUGGUCGACUGGUGUUUGGGUUCCUGAAUGGCAAAGCCUGUGUGAUGAUGCAGGGCAGGUUCCACAUGUAUGAAGGCUACCCGCUCUGGAAGGUGACCUUCCCCGUGAGAGUUUUCCGUCUUCUGGGUGUGGACACUCUACUGGUCACCAAUGCAGCUGGAGGGCUCAACCCCAAGUUUGAGGUUGGAGAUAUCAUGUUGAUCCGCGAUCACAUCAACCUGCCUGGUUUCUCUGGUCAAAACCCUCUCAUAGGUCCCAAUGAUGAAAGGUUUGGAGUUCGUUUCCCUGCCAUGUCUGAUGCCUAUGACCGGGAUAUGAGGCAGAAGGCUCACGUUGCCUGGAAACAAAUGGGGGAGAAGAGAGAGCUACAGGAAGGCACUUACGUGAUGCUGGCAGGCCCCAACUUUGAGACUGUGGCCGAGUGUCGUCUGCUGCAGAAGCUGGGGGCGGAUGCUGUUGGCAUGAGCACAGUUCCAGAAGUUAUAAUUGCAAGGCACUGUGGACUUCGAGUCUUUGGCUUCUCCCUCAUCACUAACAAGGUCAUUACGGAUUAUGAAAGCCUGGAGAAGGCCAAUCACGAGGAAGUCCUAGAGGCCGGGAGACAAGCGGCACAGAAACUGGAAAAGUUUGUCUCCAUCCUUAUGGCGGGCAUUCCACAGUCUGGCUGUGCCAGUUAAGCAGGCCUGGAGUGGUCUGGCCUCUGCCCUAUGGGAUCCAACUAACUCCUACCUGCUUUGGCCCUUGCUGGGUUACAUGCCUCUGCCCUUAGGUAGUAGCAGACAAGAAAGGAAGUGCCACAUCCUUCACGUUCCCCACUCCUCUCACCAGACACUUUUGGUGCUCUAUCCUCAUUUGCUCCACUGUCUUCUCAGAAUACUUCUUCCCCAAGCCCUGCCACACAUCCAUGCAUAUACCCAGGAUGUGGCUUAGGCCGUUGAACUUGGCACAGUAGCUACUCUAGCUUUUUGAGAUGAUGCUCUCACAUUCCUGGGGCCUCAGUUCUGAGUCCUCUGAAGCACUAGAUCCCACACAAGGACCAGCCCAAUGUCUCUUGUACUUUUAUACUGUCAUAUUUUGAGAAUAAAGAGAAAGAUGAAAUGA